AUGAAGGGCGCCAUCUUGUCAUCGCUCGUCGCUUCGGCGGCGGCUUUCCCCUUUGUUAUGGAUAUGCCUGGAGUCGACAGCACAGCAAUCCAGGCAGAGCGAAAACGCAUUCGACGACAGCAACCUGGACAAGGACCUGGUUCUGCGGCAGAAUGCCCAUUCAACGCCAACCAUGUGCCUGCUGCUCCGGUCACUGCGCAAUACCCAUACAACAAUGCGAAAAACGGAAAGAAGGGUAACGAGAAGGGUGGAUACCAAGUGCCAGCUCCUGGCGACACUGCUCACCAGUUCCGCGCUCCAAACCCACAGACCGAUAUCAGAGGACCUUGCCCAGGCUUGAACGUCGCAGCAAACCACAACUUUCUGGCCCACGACGGUAUCACAACCUUCAACGAGCUCGUCGAUGCUCAGCAAAACAUUUACAACGUCGGCUACGACUUGGCCAACCUGCUGGCACUCCUUGGUCUCACUCUGACCGACGGUGAUCUUGUCACCAUGAAGCUCUCGAUUGGUUGCGACGCCACUUCAAGGACCUCUUUCAACCCCAUCCUCACUGGCUCUGAGCCUGGUCUCGAUGGCCACAACAAGUUCGAAGCAGACACAUCGUUGACCCGUAACGAUUAUUUCACUGGCAAGGGCGACAACUUCCGAUUCAACGGCACCCUCUUCGGCAUGAUGACCGAGACCACUGGCGGCAACUACAACUUGGAAGGCUUGGCUAAAUACCGUGAGCAGCGAUGGUUCCAGUCGAGAGAUGAGAACCCCAACUUCUACUUUGGUCCCUUCAGCUUGCUGCUGUUCGGCGCCGCCUCGUUCUUGUACGAGCUGAUGCCUUCCGGCACCCGCGGCUACGCUCCCGACUUCGAGACCAUCUCCUCUUUCUUCGGUGCUCAGCGCGAAGCCGACGGAACUUACACUUUUAACAACGCUGAGCAAAUUCCACCAAACUGGACCAACCGUGUUGACCCAUACGACAACCAGAAGGUCGUUGCGGAGAUCCUGAAGAUGUACUUGCUCCACCCCGUGGAGUUUGGCGGUAACACUGCAGAUGGUACCUUUAACGUCAUCAACUUCUCCAACAUCAUCAAGGAGGGCAAGCUUGAGCCAAACUUGGAUCCAAAGGUCGCUUCUUGCUUGCUGUACAUGCUUGCGACUGAGCGUGUGCCUUCAUACCUGAACGGCAUUCUUACCCCUUCGGUUGAUGCCUUGUCUCUGGUUCUGACCAAGCUGUCUGGAACUAGCUUUGCCAACUUGGGUUGCCCACGCCCACUUACCAAGUAGAAAGGCAAGCGCAAUGGAGGAGGAACGACGACUUCACGAAUUGCUACCUCAUAAUCUAGAAUGUGGUUGCAUCGAAGCAUCAAAGGAAAUUUUUUGUAAAUAAGAUCUGAGAAGUGUAUGAAUUCACGGACAUAAUUUGCCAACACAC